AUGGGAUCAAGUCUCGUCAAAGGCAGGUCAGCAGAUGAUACAUCAGCCAGACAUGAUGCUGCAGCAGGACCUACUGACUCAAGAGAGACAGCUCAUCUGGAUGACUCGAAGGGUUUGAGUCUCAUCGUGAGAGAAAACCUCACCGAAGAUGGAACCGGAGUGAAGCUAGCAUCUGGCGACACCCUCCCGGUACUAUCAGCAGCAGCGAGUGGUUCACCAGUGGAGAUGCCAGUCAGCAAGGGAAUGGUGAACGGGAAGCUCGUGGAUGUUCUACGUGACAGCGGUUGUACUACUGUCAUUGUUCGGCAAGACUUGGUGUCGGAAGAGCAGUUCACUGGAGAACAGCGGACUUGCUUGCUCAUUGAUCGGACGAUCAGAACCUUCCAAGUUGCAACGAUCGAGCUAGAUACUCCUUUCUUCACAGGUAAGGCAGAAGCUUUGUGUGUGCUAACACCCGUGUAUGAUAUUGUACUAGGGAACAUUUAUGGAGCCCGGCAACCAGCUGACCCAGACCAAGACUGGAAGCCAAAAGAUCAUCAGGCCAACGCAGUAGAGACAAGAGGACAGAAGCGGAAGGCAGGACGUACGAGGCCUCCCCUUCAAGUACCCGAUUCACUGAAUGACAUUGUGUCUGUGGAUGAUCUAAUCCAGGCCCAGAAGGAGGACAAUGCACUGGAUGCUUCCAGGAAACUCGCUGAAAGUGGAGAAAAGAAGAUAAGUAAGAGUGGAAAUUCGUCUUACUUUCUCGUUAAGAAGGAUGUACUCUAUAGAGAAUAUAUUGAUGCAACCCCAGGGUCAGAUGUACUCGUGCAAGUUGUGGUACCCACUAAAUUCAGGAAUCAAGUCUUGAAGCUUGCUCACGAAUCUAUUCUUGGUGGUCAUUUUGGAACUAAAAAGACCCGUGAUAAGAUUUUGACUCACUUUUUCUGGCCAGGUAUGCAUGCAGAUAUAGUGCGGUAUUGUCGGUCAUGUGGACCAUGUCAGCGUACUUCGCCUAAGGGGAAGGUUACGAAGGUGCCUCUGGGAUCAACCCCUCUCAUCGAUGAACCUUUUAGACGUGUGGCGAUGGACCUGGUUGGACCGAUAGAACCUGCUACUAGCAAAGGUAAUCGGUACAUUCUUACUGUUGUAGACUAUGCUACACGUUACCCAGAAGCUGUAGCACUUCGCAGGAUUGAUGCACAGACAGUUGCAGAGGCACUGAUGGACAUAUACUCCAGGGUGGGGAUACCACGAGAGGUGUUGACAGACCGGGGCAGCCAAUUCACAUCAGAGCUGAUGAAGGAAGUCAGUCGUCUAUUCUCCAUCCGUCAGAUGACGACUACACCCUAUCAUCCCGCUUGCAAUGGGUUGGUUGAACGUUUCAACGGUACCUUGAAGUCUAUGCUCCGCAAGAUGUGUGAAGAACGACCCAAGGACUGGGGUAGGUAUUUGAACCCCCUCUUGUUUGCUUACAGAGAGUCAGUGCAGGAGAGCACGGGAUUCUCACCCUUUGAACUCCUGUUUGGGAGAGCAGUUCGAGGCCCUCUUGCUAUCCUACGGGAGCUGUGGACUGGAGAGGUUGAUGAACCGGAUACCAAGACUACAUAUCAGUAUGUAUUGGAUCUGAAAGACAGGCUGCAAUUGACUUGUGAAGUUGCCCAACAGAAUCUCAGCAAAUCAGCAGAGAGGUACAGGAGACAGUACAAUAAGAAAGCAAAGGAGAGAAAGUUUGAAGUUGAUGAUGAAGUCCUUCUUCUACUUCCGAGUGACAACAACAAACUGUUGAUGCACUGGAAAGGACCCUUCAAGGUGGUAAAGAAGAUAGGACAAAUGGACUACAGAAUUGAUAAGGAUGGAAAGAUAAAAACCUUCCAUGCAAAUCUUCUGAAGAAGUACUACAGGAGAGAGGAGAGUGCAGGUGGGUUUGAUGUUGCUGGUGUUUCUGUUGUGGAUGAUGGCUUGUCUGAGGAAUGUAGCGAAGGAGAGAAUGAAGAUGUAAACCAUUCUUCGAGAAAGGAUAUUCUUCAUCUCCCCAAUCUUACCCCAACAGAAUCUCUCAAAGAUGUGCAGAUCAGUCCACAUCUAGAUGAUAAGCAGCGUGAGGAGGUCAACUCUCUUUUACGGGAGUAUGAAGAAGUUUUGACUGAUAUGCCGGGAUUGACAAACUUAGGUAAGCAUGACAUUAAACUUGUCCAUAAGGAACCCAUUAAGAGUAAACCGUACCCAUUACCACAUGCUUUGCGAGGUAAGGUGAAGGAGGAGGUUCAGAAGAUGAUAGAUGUUGGCAUAGUGGAAUCCUCGUCUUCUCCUUAUGCAUCCCCGGUAGUGAUGGUAAAGAAGAAAGAUGGGACGAUCAGGUUUUGUUGUGAUUAUCGUAAGUUAAAUCAAGUUACCGUAACUGAUGCAGAACCGAUACCUGAUCAGGAAGAAAUAUUUGCAAAACUUUCUAGGGCCAAGUAUUUCACAAAGAUUGAUCUAACCAAAGGGUAUUGGCAAGUACCCUUAACAGAGGAAGCCAAGGAACUGACAGCAUUUGUGACACCAGAUGGUUUGUAUCAAUUUCGAAGCAUGCCAUUUGGGCUAGUUAAUGCUCCGGCAAGCUUUAGUCGUAUCAUGAGGGUUUUACUCCGUGGCUUGCAUGGUGUAGACAAUUUCAUUGAUGAUAUUUUGAUCCAUACAGUAAGUUUUGAGGAGCAUUUAGAUACCCUCCGUGAGGUGUUCGAGAGACUGAGGAGAGCAAACUUGACAGCGAGGCCUACCAAGUGCACUGUAGGAUGUGUAAGUAUCGAAUUUCUUGGUCAUCGAAUAGGUCAAGGAGAGCUUCGACCAGUGCAAGACAAGGUCGAUGCAGUUCAAGGAGCUGCGAGACCUAAGACCAAAAAGCAACUUCGAUCCUUUCUACGUCUUGUGGGUUAUUACAGACGGUUUGUUCCCAACUUCGCAGCAUUAGCAGUACCACUGACUGACCGAACAAAGAAAGGAGAGCCACUUCUAGUGAAAUGGGGAGAUGCGGAAGAGGCAGCUUUCACUACCUUGAAAAAGAAACUUGCUAGUGAACCCAUCCUCCAUCUUCCGGACUUAGAUCUUCCUUUCAUCCUGAGGACUGAUGCCUCAGAUCAUGGUCUCGGUGCAAUUCUGCUACAAGAGACAGAAGGGAAGAAGUUCCCUAUCGCCUACGCUAGUAGGAAACUUCUCCCAAGAGAGCAGCGCUACUGUGUUAUGGAACGUGAAUGCUUAGCAGUAGUCUGGGGUGUUCAGAAGUUCGAACCAUACCUCUACGGCAAGCAUUUUGAACUAGAAACCGAUCACCAGCCACUGCAGUGUAUCGCGAAAUCAAAAGUCGCGAACUCAAGGAUUCUGAGAUGGGCUCUGGCGCUUCAACCGUACCAGUUUAGCAUCACAGCUAUCAAGGGCAGUGAAAACGUCGGUGCAGACUACUUAAGCAAGAACCAGGCAGCACAGGCCGACGUGGUAGAAGCCUCAUCAGCCCUCGCCUCAACUUGA